AUGCCGUGCGUCCAGACCCAGUGCGGCUCCUCUCCAGCAGGAGCCAGCCCGGCCUCUCAGAGCGCCAGCGGAGAGCGCAGCUGCGAUUUCCUCACCCCGGAGUUUGUCAAGUUCAGCAUGGAUCUAACGAACAGCGAAGUCUCUGCAGCAGCUUCGGGUCAGAGCUUUAGUCCUCUUGGUGACACUUUCAGCUCCGGCUACGACGUGAAGCCCCCGUGUCUCUUCCAGAUGCCGGUGCAGGGGGAGCUUCCGUGCGUAAAGGUGGAGGAUGCGCACGGCUGUCCCCGGUAUCAGCCGAACCCGCACCCGUCAGAGGAGCUGAUCACCUCGCCUGCUUCUGUGUACUACUACCGCUCUCCAUCACCGCACAACAUCACGGCCAACUUCCAGACUCCCCCCGGACAUUUAUGGGAGGACUCCGGCUCUCUCUACACUCUUCGACAAGAGUAUUUGGCUGCAGCGCACAGAAAAAACACACUCUCCAGAUUUUCUCUCUUUUCUCUCAAACACGCGCCGCACGGCAGCCACCACAUGAAAUUUGACGGAUCCCUCCACGUGUCCAUGAGCCUGGACUCCGCCGGGGCGCACCAGCAGCUGGACAGCUCCGGGGUUUUGGGGAAGCAGCACGGAGUGGGUUUUCCUCACCCUCUCCAGCUCUCACACGGCCACCACUUCAUGGACUACCACCACACCUCCUCUGCUCCCGGCCGAGGAGCGCUCAGCACGGAGGGGCUGUGCGCGGUGUGCGGGGAUAACGCAGCGUGCCAACACUACGGAGUGCGCACAUGUGAGGGCUGCAAAGGUUUCUUUAAGGUAUGAGUUCAGAGCUGCGCUGUUAAAAAGCUGCAGGAAAUAAAAACGGGCAACAGCUGCAAUAUUCACAGGCAACAGUUCAUCCUAAAAUUAAUACAUGUUUCAGGGAUGAAGUGCAUGAUUUUACCAGAAUACCAGAAGGGAAAGUCAAAGAAACCCUGCAGUCUAAUAAAAGCGUAAUUGCAGUAAUAAUGGCUCAUCUCAGAUCUCCUCCGGGACCUCUAAACUGGUCAUUCUUCUUCUCAAACACGUUCCCAUCUCUUGACACUUGAGCGUUUUAGGGCCAAAUGUCCUGUAUGAAAAUGAGCACCGACGUGCCCGGAAUCAGAAACCCUCCCCUUCUUCUCUCUGGAGGAGAUUCCCGGGGGGCGAGUCUCCAAAUUAUGAAUGACCACGACCCUGUAUUUACCCAGACUGCCCUGUCCGCUCAGCUGAAUGCUUCAGGCUGCCUCAGAUGGCCCACAGGAGCAGAAGUGCUGCUGGUCAUUUUCAGAGGAUCAUUUCAGGCUUUUAAGUGAAAAUAAAAAAGAUUCUUUAUGUUAAACGAUCCCAGAGAGUCUCAGAAAGGUUUCCAAUGCCACCAACUCAAAAAAACAAGGAGAAGCCAAAUCUGUCACCAUAAAGUGAACCUUUUGGAACAGCCGUGCGUGUAAUUGGUUGUCAGGAGACUAAUAUUGAGCUUAAAUGCUCUUUAAAGACCCCACUGACUAAAAUGCUGCAGAGGAACCUGUCAAAGAGGACUGAUGCCGAUGGUUCAGAGUGUUUUUAGGAUUUUAAUGUCGUUGUUUUAAUUCAUUUUGCACAAGAAAGAAUUGGAGAAACAGAAACACACAAUCUUCAGCUUAACCAAUACUCCUUUAAGAAAAACGGGAGAUUUUUGUCUCUAAAUUCAGGCUGAUUUCACUCCGAGUGAGCCUCAACGAUCAUCAUUUCAUGUUUUCUGCCACCUUCAUCUCUGUGUUUCUCUCUCUCUCCGCCAGCGAACGGUACAAAAAAACGCCAAGUACGUGUGCCUGGCCGCCAAAAGCUGCCCUGUGGACAAACGCAGGAGGAACCGGUGUCAGUACUGUCGCUUCCAGAAGUGCCUGGCAGUGGGAAUGGUCAAAGAAGGUAAAGCCUUCAAACAUGUCCGGUAUCUGAGGUGAGGUGAGAUGUCUGUUUUUGUAAAUAAUUUCACAGCAUUGAGACUCUUUCUGAGUGAAACAUGCAGAGAGUGUUCAGAGGAGGAUAAAUCAAGCGGAGGAUGAACCUGUGGUCUUCCUCCUUUGAGAGCACUAACAGGAAAGAUUGUGAGGCUCUCAGUCUGAGAAGUGUCCGGCUCCUCCGCAGUGGUGAGGACAGACAGCCUGAAAGGUCGCCGGGGUCGCCUGCCGUCCAAACCCAAAGCCCUCCCAGACUCCUCUGCUCCUGUCAGCUCCCUCCUGAGCGCCCUCAUCAGGGCACACGUGGAAUCAAACCCUCCGCCGUCUCUCCUCGACUACUUCAAAGUAGGUGUAGAUGUUGGUUCAUCUCUCAUUGUCGUGGAGAGGCGUGCUGGUACCGAAUCUAAACAGUGACCUUUCUAAAGUUCAAGGAGAGUCCGGCAAGUCCUCCGGAGGACGACGCUCAGCACGUGAGGCAGUUUUACGACCUCCUGACCAGAUCCAUGGAGGUGAUCCGGGGCUGGGCGCAGAAGAUCCCGGGUUUCACCUCGCUCCCCAAACACGACCAAGACCUCCUCUUCUACUCGGCCUUCCUGGAGCUCUUCGUUUUAAGGCUGUCCUACAGGUAAACAAGGGGAACAACUGUUCUUGUGGUGGUGCGAGAGUGGACUUGUUCUUCUUUGGCACAAAGCAAAGAUGGUGACACCGGGUCAGGGCAGAAGACCUCAGAUCGCUUUCUCUGCUUCAUUCUCUGUUAAAAAAAAAACUGAAAUUCUGUUUCAGAUCCAAACCAGAGGAGGGGAAGCUGAUCUUCUGCGACGGCUCGGUGUGGCACCGGCUCCAGUGUCUGCGGGGCUUUGGGGAGUGGAUCGACAGCAUCGUUGAAUUCUCUGCUGGUCUGCAGAGGAUGAACCUGGACGUGUCCACCUUCUCCUGCAUUUGCACGCUCGCCCUGAUCACAGGUGAGACGCUCUCACACAGAAAACCAUCCCAUCUCAGCGAUAACACUCAGUUAGACCAAACAGACUGGCCCAGUAAAACCCAAACUGUCAUUCAAACUUAAAGCUCCUGUGAGCGACUCUCAGGUUUCCUUGAUUUUGGCGCCCCCUGUUGACAGAGUGGGACUUUAAUGCUUUGAUGAACUUAAACUUGACAAAAGUAAUUUCAAACGUCAGACCUGCUGCUCACAGUAAACGUGUCGUAGUAAAUAUAUCUGUAUAAUCGACAAAGAUAAGCGUCCCUCUGAUCAGAGCGUUCAUUAAAUCCUGUCUGUAAAUGUCAUGAGAUUAACAUGUGUGUGUUCUGAUGCACCUGUGUCUAUGGUGGGACUGACGGGCCCUCAGAGCGUCACGGGCUGAAGGAGCCCAAGAAGGUGGAGGAGCUGCAGAACAACAUCAUCCGCUGCCUGAAGGAGGGAGACGGCGGCUCGGACUGCUGGUCCAGCACUCUGAGCAGACUUCUGGAAAAACUGCGUGAACUGCGCACUCUGUGCAUCCAGGGCCUGCAGAGGAUUUUCUACCUGAAGCUGGAGGAUCUGGUGGCGCCGCCUGCAAUAAUAGAUAAGUUAUUCCUGGACACGCUGCCGUUUUAG